AUGGAAAAGUUCUGUGGCUCAGAAAAGCAUACAGGUACAGCCUAUUCUCAUCACCUUCGAGUGUUUGGGUCAGAUGCCAGUUUGGAGAUGGAAAUGCCCAGCCUGCAGAUGCUGGGUCAAGAAUGGCAGCCUAGGGGUCGGCACUUCCUUUGUCCCAGCACACUCCCACACACCUUCUCUUAUUCCCGCUGUCUUCUCUCCUUACAGUCUUCCGUUUGUGCCAAGAUCGUGCAGCUCCUGGGACAGAAUGAGGUGGAUUACCGCCAGAAGCAGGUGGUCAUCCUGAGCCAGGAUAGCUUCUACCGGGUCCUCACUUCAGAGCAGAAGGCCAAAGCCCUAAAGGGCCAGUUCAACUUUGACCACCCGGAUGCCUUUGACAACGAACUCAUCUUCAAAACACUCAAAGAAAUCACCGAAGGAAAAACAGUCCAGAUACCUGUAUAUGACUUCGUCUCCCACUCACGGAAAGAGGAGACGGUCACUGUCUACCCCGCGGAUGUGGUGCUCUUUGAAGGGAUCCUGGCCUUCUACUCUCAGGAGGUCCGAGACCUGUUCCAGAUGAAGCUUUUCGUGGACACAGAUGCGGACACUCGUCUCUCUCGCAGAGUGUUGAGGGACAUCAGCGAAAGAGGGAGGGACCUUGAACAGAUUUUAUCUCAGUACAUUACGUUCGUGAAGCCUGCCUUUGAGGAAUUCUGCUUGCCAACAAAGAAGUAUGCCGACGUGAUCAUCCCCAGAGGUGCAGACAAUCUUGUGGCCAUCAACCUCAUUGUGCAGCAUAUCCAGGACAUCCUCAACGGAGGGCUCUCCAAACGGCAGACCAACGGCUAUCUUAACGGCUACACCCCUUCACGCAAGAGGCAGGCAUCAGAAUCCAGCAGCCGGCCACAUUGACCCCUGUGCCCUGACUCCAAUUCCCAGCCCCCAGCUCCAAGCCACAGGAGGGUCGAGAGGCUUUGGUCAUCUGUACAUACGCCUCCUAUGAAAUUACUGUAUUUAAGAAAACACCGCGAAGAUGAAUUGCCUUGAUUUUCUUGUUUUCCUUUUUUGUACUUUGGAACAGCAAAUCAAACAGAACUUGACCCCAAGCUUAAGUGACAAACUGUGCCAACUACUACUGGUGAUGCCUAAUUAUGACUCCAACGUGUAACCAGUUAUAAAUACACACAUACAUACAUAUAUAUAAAAGGAUCUAUUUUUGUGUAAAUGUACAAAUACUGUAAAGCUGUUUGCCAUAAGUAUUCUGCAGGAACCUGUGCGUGGGUGUUGGGCCUGGAGCCCGACUUAGCAGGGCUCUGUGCUCUGGCAUCUGGGGAGCCACGGGGGUGGGUGGUCGAUUGGUUGAUGUCCCUUGCUAUCAGCACCCUGGGCCUCAGUAGGGAUGGGACUCAACUCUCAAGGCCCCCCUUGACAGAUGUCCCCUCCUUGAAACUGGA